AUGGGUCACGAAACAUCAUCUUCUGUACCCAAUGUUUUGCCAUUUUCCCGACAAUCACCAUGGAUUCAAUCCUCGAGCCUUCUUUUCUCUAAGAAAAUGCAACAUCUACAGAGAAGAAAAGGCGAUUCAUUGAUAGUGCGUGAUUCGUGCGCGCUGGCGUCGUCGGUGGGAAUUGAAGGGCCCGGUGCUGCACCGACACUGUCUCCACCACAUACAUGGACGGAAAGCAGUGAUGAGUCGACGGUGGAUGAAGCUCCAACGGGUGGCCGUUUACCCGAUGAUCGUCUCCUUUUCACAACAACUGUCUCAAUUCCCGAUGGAACUAUUUUGAAUAGUCGAACAUUCGUCGACGUCUACGAUUCAAAGGAUAUCGAAGUCGGUUCGUGCUUCUUGCGAUUGUUGCUUGGCACGGGUCAAAGUUUUUUCCUCUCCGCAGCGGCAACUUCUGUUCGACAACGAGUGUUCUCAAGAGUGAAAUGUGGAUCAUCAAGUCGAGCAUGUGAAUUACAAUGUGAGUUCGAACAGGGACCAGAGGGGACGAGACGAGCACGUGUCACCGCUCUUUGUCUCAAAUCAGCCUUUGGUCCCACAUCAAAUCCCCGUACUCCAUCAGCGUUCACAACAAAACACUCACUUAGCUGUGCCCUUACACAUAUCGAUUACGCGAGUGUUCCAUUUAUCGGUCACCUGCCGACUGAUGUCAUUGGACGGUCAUUGCUUUCUUUUGUUUAUGCUCCCGAUGUACAUGUCAUUCGACAAGCACAUAUCGAUUUGCACAAUCAUCGGGGAAAAGUCGUUCGAUCUGUGGCCCCGAUUCGUCUCGUCGUUUUCAAUGGAGCUCUCUUAACUGUUGAUACAGAAUGGUCAGCUUAUGUGAGUCCGUGGACAAGAAAAAUUGAAAUGGUUGUGGCAAGACAUCGAGUAUUGGAUGCACCAGUUGGAGAUGCUGAUGUGAUGAGUCCACCAGCUGAAGGAACACCACAACACACUCUACCACUUGCACUCAUCAAAACGUUUGAAGAAGAGUUGAAAGCGAUUAUGAAUAGACCAGUCCCCUCUUCACGAGAUCGUGCGGCUUUCCUUUCAUCUCCUCUUCAAACUUCACCAUCUACCGAAAUCUCUCCACCAGCUGUGCCUCAAUCAUUCUCUCAAACUGCGCCAAUUCAAAGCCAAUCUCAAUCAGCGAUGACUACUUUGUAUUCGAUGCCCGGAGCCUCGUACUCGCUGUUAGGUUUUCCCUAUCAUCCAAAUUUGAUGCAAACACAGUAUCCUGAUUUGAGUGCUUACAUUGAUCGAUUAGUUGAAAGUCUUGUUGUGCAUGGAAGCAGCGAAACAACAACUGUUGCCGGUUUGAUGUCAUCAACACCGCAAAAUAAGAUGCCAGAGAGCUCAUCAUCGGCUCCGGCAACUCCGACUGUUUCCACUCCAAUGCUAGGAAUCGCUGGAUCAACGGAUCCACUCAGUCUCUCGUACAGUCAAAUCAAUUGCCUUGAAAAUGUGCAUCGACUCUUGAAAAGUCAACAGACAAAAGAUGCUGGACGACCACAACCAACUGUUGAGAAUUUGAGCUCUGCACAGCCAAGUCUCCCAUUGACGAGAGCCGUUUUAAUGGAGCAUACAAGAAGAUGGGAAGAACAAUGUAAAUCAACAUGGAAAAAUCGUUUGGCGCAAAAAAGAACCGCUAGCAAUCAGGAUCCUUCUACUGAUGGUCCGGCUUCAAAAACCCCGCGGACAUCAAGUCCACAAUCAGUUGAUCGGCGAUCACCAAGAUGGACUCAGCCACGUCCACUUCCACCAAAUCCAUCUCCACCCAGUGGAACACCAUAUCAGAUCACUUCAACUCCUCUACCAACCCCUGCACCACUUGCAAUCGAUUCUCGCGUCUCAGCUUUCCAUCAAGUACAUCGUCGCUCUUCUCCGUCAGCUCGCAGCACACCAUCAACACCAACCACGGGUCCAUCAGUGAUUCAGCCGACCGGAGCUCAUCCCUCAUCUCAUCCGCGUCAAUUUGCCACUCCUCCACCCCCUCAACCACCAACUGAAUGUCUUCUUCUUUCAUCUGAU